CCUGCCCGGUGGGAGCGGCCGCCCCUCCCCGGCAGCUCCCGCAGCUGAAUUUGCUCCGGUCCCUUGGUUGGUUCGCUCUCUCCGAGAACUUUGUUUACAGUCCCUUGUGCCGCGAGCUGCAUCCCCUUCUUAACGCUGCUGCGGGCUCGUGGCCGCCGCAGUCGCGCCCGGCAGUCGGGAGGAAACCUCCAUGCCAGAACUUUGUCACCUCCGGUUCAUCACACAGCGACAUCUGACUCCUCAAAGCCUGGCACGCUCUUCCCACUGCCCAGCUCUGCCUGGAUCUGGGACAUCUGGCACUGGGGACAUCUCCAGCAGUCGCCCUCUGCUCGCUGAGCGUGCGGCGAUGGAUUUCUCGUGGCCCCGUGUGCUGAGCGUUGAGCAGUACUUGCUCUAGCCUGAGAGCGGACGGUUGCAGGGAAUCAAGAUGACGACCGAACCUAUCAAAGAGAUCCUGGGCGCCCCAAAGCACGCCGACCCCACAACCACAGAGAAGAGUCAUAACAAUGACUGUGUGAUAACCACCAUCCCCCUGGUCAGCGAAUGCCAGCUGACGGCCGCCACGGGGGGGGCAGAGCUCUCCUGUUACCGCUGCACCGUUCCCUUCGGAGUGGUCAUCCUCAUCGCCGGCAUCGUGGUCACUGCUGUGGCGUACAGCUUCAAUUCCCAUGGAUCGAUCAUCUCCGUGUUCGGAUUGGUCCUCUUGUCAUCGGGACUCCUCCUGCUGGCCUCCAGUGCCGUGUGCUGGAAGAUCAGGCAGCAAAACAAGAAAGCAAAGAGGCGCGAGAGCCAGACGGCGCUUGUGGCAAACCAGCGAACCCUGUUUGGCUGAAGGCAGCUGCCAGGCGUGGGCAGCAGCAGAGCCUCGCCGCCAGCCCUCCUGUUUGCCAUAGGACAGACUGCAGCUUUUAAUUUAACGUUGGGAAUGAGCUGACACGGAAAUGGAAUGGAUUAACAAAGGCUCUUAACAAGUCUGCAAAUGCUCUUAUUAUUCUUUUCGCCGCAGAUGUAAUAGUGAUCCUUUCCAAGACGGGGGAAAAAACCAAUUUUCCUGCACAGAAAACUGUUUUCAUAACUGCAGUCGCCAGAAGUGCAUUCUCCAAUGUGCUGCUCGUGUUGGAAAGGGGACUCUGAGACCCAAGUCCAUAAUUUGAACUGACUAGAAAUGCCGGAGGUCUCCUCAAAUCCGCACUGUGACAUUUGACCAAGGGAGAACUCGUAGCAUUUGCAGUGGGUUACAGCCAGAUUCUGCAGCUGACACUGAUACUCAACAAAAAGAGCGCAAA